CUUGGAAAAUUUAUUAUAGAUUGAUUGGUACCAAUCAGUAAACCCAUUACUAGUUGAUGUUAGCUGUAGAUUUGUAAAAAGUUGAACAUAAGGGAUUGCUGCAAUUGCAAAAUGAACACUCGGAAGUUUUGAGACAUAAUUAUGGCAAAUCUAAGGUGGAAAGAGAAAUGUUCACAUGAUGGGCUGAAUGGUAUCUGCUUUGACUGUAUCUGAAUGGUCAAUUGCAUUAUUGCAGAAUGUACAUCUGGCUAUGAAAUGACAUCAGUCUCUCCUCGUUACAGAAAGGUACAUAAUGGAUGAUGUCGUUAGCCCAUACUUUGGUGGUGCUGAUCCAAAGUGUAGCACAGAAAGCAGUCAUUCAUGUUCAGAUGAAGUCCCAUCUUGUGGCAAGAGAUUAGGAAAGAGUUUCUUUGAUAAGGAGUGCACCACUUUAGCAAAAGAAUUGCUUGGUCAGGUUCUUGCGCGGAAAGUCAAUGGUGUUAUUUUACGAGGAAUGAUUGUAGAAACUGAGAGCUAUCUUGGGGGAAACGAUGUGGCUUCACACAGCUACAAUGGAAAGAGAACCCCACGUAAUGAACCCAUGUACAUGGCACCAGGAACAUUAUAUGUCUACAGCAUUUAUGGAAUGUAUUAUUGCUUGAAUGUGUCAAGCCAAGGGGAAGGCUCAUGUGUGCUAAUCCGGUCCCUGGAGCCUGUAGAUGGAAUAGAUGAGAUGAUUGCUCAUCGAUCUGUCAAGCGUACUUCUAAGUCUAAGCCAUUAAAAGAACAUGAACUUUGCAAUGGACCCUCUAAACUAUGUCUGGCAAUGAAUAUAUCAAAGGAUUUGUGUAACAAAGUUGAUGCGACCAUAUCAGAGGAAAUCUGGUUAGAAGAGGGACAGUCUAUACCAGAAGGUGACAUUGUCAUUGCGAAGAGAAUUGGCAUAGAAUCUGCUGGUCAUGAAUGGGCCAACAAACCUUUACGAUAUUACGUAUUCAAGAAUAAAAAUGUUAGUGUGAAAGAUAAAAAAGCUGAAGCCAGUCUUUCUGAGUGAAAAAAACAAUUACUUAAAUGAUGGAUGGAACAGUUUGAGUAUAAAUCUCUGAUCAAACUUCGUGUAGCCUUUAUGAAUUAGGUUACUGAUUGUUUAGCUGCUGUUCCCUAUUUAUUUAUUGAAUUAUAUUCUGGGAUCAAUUUUUCACGAUUCCCCUACUUUAAUUUAUAUACACUAUGAUGUACGUACUAUCUAAAAUCCCAAAAGAUUAUUUUUAAGAUGUUAUGCAAUAUAGUUUGGUUUCCCAAGCCUGGAUAAAUAGGGAGAGUUAGAGUUAGGAAGGGCAUCUGUCCAUAAAUCAUGUCAAACCAAUCAUGAAAAGAGUAGUUCAGUGCUGUUAGAAAGCUGGAACAGGCUCAUUUAAAUCAGUGACCCCUACUAUGCAUUUACUUCUGUCAUGAAGUUUGCCGUACUAGAUUUUCACUGGUAUGCCACACUGUCAAUGCCAGAUAAUAGUACCUAUCACUAUUAUACCAUAUAUAGAUAUGCAUUUUUUUGUAAUGACCACAACAGAUUUUGGUGUCCUAUCUAAACAUUUAAGUAGUACUUUUGCACAAUAAACAUCUAUAGUUUUAUAUUA